AGUAAUGGGCUUGUGUCUAGAGACUAGAGAGCUGCAAGCGCCUAGGGUUCACCUUGAACACACGCACAGAGUGCGGGCUCUGAUAUUUCACUGUUUUGCUCAACUGUGCCGAUCUGCGUCUUCCUCGCAUCGCCGAAUCCGUCACCAUGUUUCUUACCAGGAGUGAGUAUGACAGAGGUGUCAAUACGUUCUCGCCGGAGGGGCGUCUUUUCCAAGUGGAGUAUGCUAUUGAAGCUAUCAAGCUUGGUUCAACGGCAGUAGGAUUGAAGACCAAGGAGGGUGUUGUCUUGGCUGUUGAGAAACGAAUUACCUCAGUUUUACUGGAACCCACCAGUGUCGAGAAGAUCAUGGAAAUCGAUGAGCAUAUUGGGUGUGCGAUGAGCGGACUAACUGCGGAUGCUCGCACGCUUGUUGAGCAUGGGCGUGUGGAAACGCAGAAUCACAGAUUCUCCUACAAUGAGCCAAUGAGUGUAGAAUCUACUACACAAGCUCUGUGCGAUCUGGCUUUGCGCUUUGGAGAAGGCGAUGAAGAAUCAAUGUCACGUCCUUUCGGAGUCUCACUGCUUAUUGCUGGUCAUGAUGAAAGUGGACCAUGCUUGUAUCACACAGACCCAUCUGGAACAUUUUGGCAAUGUGAUGCUAAGGCAAUCGGUUCAGGAUCAGAAGGUGCCGACACUUCCCUCCAGGAGCACUUCAACAAGAAUAUGACGCUGGAGGAAGCUGAGACUUUGGCACUGUCUACCUUAAAGCAAGUCAUGGAAGAAAAGGUAACAUCUUCUAAUGUGGACAUUGCUAAGGUGGCUCCCAAGUAUCAUUUGUACUCACCCGAAGAAGUUGAGGCUGUUAUACAGCGAUUGUAAUCAUCUGGGUAGAUCAAAACUCGAAGUUUCAGAACUUGAGGAUGCGGUUCUUCGGCAGCACGUACAUUUCAUAAGCUCUUAUUGCAGACUCUUCAAUCCUAAGAUUAUCUUUCACUUAGAUUCAAGCUUCUACGUUCGUGGAACUGUUCAGAGUGCAGAGCUCUGUUACAGGUGGCCAUGGCUCGGACUCCAGUAAUUGGUUAAAGUUGGGUAUUCAUUUUGAGUAUAUGUACUAAUUCAAAUUGGGUAACUGGAGUCCAUUUUUGAGAAGACCGUUUCCAGUGUU